UUGCGUUACGUGUAGGUGAUGAAAGUCAUCAACUUUCCUCCACAUUCAUGAUGGGUAUUCGAUCUGUUGAAGCGGUGUAUCGUUGCAUAGAAAUUUGAAGUUAAUCUUGAAAUCCAAGCUAAGCGAAAUCAUCUCUCUUUCUCUGUGAAUCAAUCGGCGCCCUGUUCGAAUCCAGUAAUUGCUUGCAUACUUCCACCAAAAUGGACAAGAACAGUGGAGAUGUUGCAGAAGCAAAUUUAAUUAUAGAAAGGGAAUCGGUUGCAGAAGAAAACAACCCAGUUGAAGAACCAUAUGUAGGUAUUGAAUUUGACACUGAAGAGGCUGCUAAGAAAUUCUAUGAAAUCUAUGCAAGACACAAAGGGUUUGUAGUGCGUAUGGACCAAUGUCGUCGUUCUGAGGUUGACAAAAGAGUAAUUUCAAGAAGGCUUUCAUGCAAUAAGCAGGGUUAUUAUAACAUUCGAGAUCAUUCCAAGCCAUCCAGGAAACUGAGGAAAAGCACAAGGGAAGGUUGCAAUGCAAUGAUGAUGGUCAAGAUUAAUAAAUCUGGGAAAUGGGUUGUAACCAGAUUCGAAAAGCAGCAUACUCAUCCUCUAAUUGCUUCUGACCACCCUUCUUCUGUUUCCAUUGAUGUUAAAGAUAAGAGAAUUCAGAUAUUAACAAAUGAGUUGGCCCGCCAAGAUCGGUUAUGCAACCUCUACAGAGAGCAGAUACAAACAUUCCUAAACAACAUUGAGGAACAAAAUGAGCUUCUUACGACAAAGAUUCAAGUUGCUGUCAAUAACGUGAAAGAGUUAGAAAACAAGGCACAAAAGGAUUCAAAUGGUCAAUUGACCAUCCUUCCUUAAUGCAGUAAGUAUGUGCUAUUUCAUUUGCUACUCUUCCUUAGCAUGUUUCAGAUGGAGUAACUGGCAUGAUAUGUCCUCAAAUUGAUGAUACAUAGAGUAGUAAAGAAUGUUCAAACUAAAGUCAAUUGCUUGGUAUCUUGCAUUGCAGAUGUAUCCAAACCCUAUGUACUUAUACUAACAUAGAUUGAUUAGGGGUGUAAGCCUAAUUUUAUCAUUUUCACCUUUUAGUA